AUGAGUGGCUUGUGGCUCUGGACAGUCAGGCUUUUCUCAUUUGGACUGUUUUUAAGAGGGGAGGAACCCCUUCGUUUGGAAAAGAGGCAUUUGAGGUUGCCUCCCAACUACCAAGGUAAACUGUUUUUCAUUGUACCCAAUUGGCCUAUCAGACUUGUAUAUACCGGAAAAGCUCAUGAUCAAAAUUUCAAAUGUAUUUUUGAUUAAGCCACAAAAUGUAAGAGGCAGAAUAUUACUUUCCAAGAGGUUUGCUGAAGAGGCCCUAAGUGUUUAUCCCAUACUGUUUUGUUUAAUGGGACAUAAACCCAUCCUAAUUUCGUCUGAGAGUGUAGAGGUUUUACCCUUAACACAACCGAACAACAUAGCCUUGAUAGUAUAUAUCUACAUAACAAUUAGCAGUUUCCAGUAAUACGUUAUAAGAUGGUAUGCAUACAGGUAUGUAUGCAACUGUGUGUUGUUUAUUUCUUUUUUGAUAGGUAGCAAAUUUAACAUCUAACCAUUUUCUUCCCAAUUACUGUUUUCAUCAUGCGUUAUAUGACAGUAAGUGAGAUUUUUCUCUUUGACAAUGUCGAUUUGCUUACUUUAGCUGAGUCCAAAAAAUUACCACAGCGCACUGAGGUAAAAAUUCCAUGGUCAAAAGCUGAGAGAAAAGCCAAAGGUACCCGUUAAUAUAAGUUCCAUCUGUAUAUAAAUGUGGCAGGUCAAAAUAAAAUUAACAGAAGAUUGAAUUUUUUUAAGAUACCUUAUAGGUUGACUAUCGAUAUUAUUAUUGCAAUAAUAAUAAUAAAGUGUAAACAGCAAAGCACUAGCAUCUGGUUAGCGUGCUCCGUUUGAUAAGCCAUUUUAGACACCAUUUGCAAAGCUGGGUUUUGUUUAGCACUUUACGCAACUGAGACAGUUACAUGUACAAAUUUUGCCUUUCACAUUACAUGCUCAAGAAUAAUACUCACUUAAUGUGGACUUUUUAAAAAAAAAAUGACCACAGGAUUAAAAGAAGGAACUCUUUUUUCAACAAAAUGAACAAUUGAACAAAAUGAACAAUUGCAUAAGGCACAUAAGACACAACCUUGUAACUCCUGGUGUUGAGGUAAAGGCCAUAUACCACAAACAUAUAGGAGAAUUUUCCCACUAGAGUUUGAAAUAAAUAAAGUGGUUAGUGUCGUUGCUGUUUUGA